CCCCUCCGCACCUCGUCGUUCUCCAUCCCCAACCCCGAGUGCAGACGAAACCAGCCUGACCGAUUUCCCAAAAAAAAAAAACAAAAAGGAAAUCAGCCUGAACGCCGGCGGCGCUCCCGCCGCGCUCGAGCUCUGCUCCUCCGAUGGUGACCAGAUGGAGCGAGAAGGGCCCCGGCCUCAAGAUCCUGUGGAUCUGGACCCUGGGAACCGCUGGAAUUAUGAUUACCAAUGUCGUCCGGACGCGCGUCAAUGAUAUGCAGAAGAUCCUCCAGGAGGAAGACGAAGCAGCAGCAGCCGCCGCCCCCAUGGCCUCCGGCGAGCGUGUCCUGAAAGACGAUGAGUAGAACAGAACGUCUCUACUUAUCAAAAUUCCCUGAACCCCGCUGUUGUGCCAAGCUGAGUUAGGUAUUGUUUAUCUGGUUCGUCUUAGUGGAUUUUACUGGUAAAACAGCUACUUGCUUGAGCGGAAGUAUGGAAUUACUUGAUUCAAAAUACUGGGUCGUCUACCAUCUCAUUUAGAACUUUUUAGAUCUUCAUACAGUGAAUUUUCUGUUGGCUAGAAAGAAGGUGAUCGAACAUCUUCAGGCAUAGCUAUAACUGAGAAUCCUGAGGGUGCAGCAAUGAGAACAUGCAGUGUUCCUCAAACAUCCAGCUGGUAAAAUAACCUACUGCUGCUUCUGUGUCGAUUACUCCCUCCGUCCCAUAAAAAAUCAACCUCGUACCGGAUGUGACACAUCCUAGGACUACGAAUCUGGACAUAUCUCUAUCCAGAUUCAUUAUACUAGAAUAUGUCACAUCCGGUACUAGAUUUGUUUUUUUUGGGACGGAGGGAGUACUUCUUUGCAAUAUCCUAGGAGUGGUACCCCUCCGUUCAAAAAAAAAAA